AUGCUGCCGUACCUGUUCCCCGAUCUGUCCACCUUUACUACAGUCGCCGAUCUUAUCACCCACCUUCGCACUAGUGAUGCUCGCCUGCGUGCCGCCCUUCCCACCGAGUUCUGCGCUAAGAACCCCCCUCCACUGUACUGGACACUCCACUUCAUAGUCACCCGUCUCCCUGACACCCUCCGCUCAGUUCGAGACCACUUCCUUGCUCGCUGUCCCACUGAGCUCACAGUCGCCCUCCUAGAGGAGCAGCUGCUCGCGGCCGAAAAGAGCAUUGUAGCUGUCGGUGCUGCUCGUGGCGCUCCUCGCACCCCCAUCUUUGAGGGGUGUUCUCCCUCUCCCCUCGCUCCCUCCUACACUGCUGCUGCUGCUGUUGACUUCCUUGGUGCUGAGUCUGUUGGCGCUGCUUCUGCUCCUGGUGGGAGGCGCCGCACCGGCAAGGGCAAGGGGGGCAAGGGUGGUGGUGGUGGCGCUGGGGGGGGAGGAGGUGGGGGAGGUGGGGGGGGAGGCGGUGCUGGAGGGAGCGGUGGCGGGAGCGCUGGUGGGAGUGGGGUCGGUGGUGGAGGCGGGGGCGGCGGAGGAAGCAGUGGCAGUAGUGGCGGCGGCGGCGGUGGCGGCGGCGGCGGUGGCGGCGGUGGCGGUGGUGGCGGUGGCGGCGGUGGCGGUCGGAGCGGUGGUAGUGGUGGCGGCGGAGGUCGGAGUGGAGGCACUGGCUCGGGCCAGAGCUCCCAGCAGCAGCAGCGUCCCCAGACGACCCAGCAGCUUCGUGAGUGGCUUGCUCAGCGUGGGACGUCGGGGGGCAGUGGCCGCUGUUCUUAUGUCAUUCGCACAGGUGACCGCAAGGGACAGACGUGUGGGAGGUUCCACACCCCGUACCGCUGCUUCUCCCGCCUUGACGACGCUUGGCGUGAGGAGAUGGGUGCGGAUGUUGAGCGCCCCCGCUGGGCUGAGCUCAUGAGGGCUGGUGUCGAUGUCUUUGCUCUUGACUAUGAUGCUAUUAUUGCUGCCAUGUAUGCAUUGACUGUUAGUGCCGAGGGAGACUGUUACUUGUGUGUGCCGCCUGACCCAGGUAUAGAGCCCGCUGCCCUGGGUACUAGUGAGUCUGCUCUCUCUGGUAUGGUGCCCCCUGUACUUGCUCCCUCCAGUGCUGUCCCGGCUGGUUUCGAGUCUGCUCUCUCAGGUACAGCACCCACAGAGACUGCUCUCUCAGGUACCCCACCGGCUGAGGCCUGUCACACCUUCACCCUUGACUCAGUCCACCACUGUCCUCCCUUGUCCGGCGGUUCCGUCUGGCUCGUUGUCGGGUUUCCACCUCCCCUCGUUCUCGACGAACCUGGUGAGCAACGCUGUCCUCCAGGACCAGUGGGUUGA